CAGGCGGCGUCGCUAUAAGAGCGCGGCCGGGGUGCGCGUGCUUCUCUUUCCCGGUGCCCCGGCGUCCGCAGGCGCAGACAGGCAAGGGGAGCCACCAUGCCCGUAGCCCGGAGCUGGGUUUGUCGCAAAACCUAUGUGACCCCGCGGAGACCCUUCGAGAAAUCUCGCCUCGACCAAGAGCUGAAGCUGAUCGGCGAGUAUGGGCUCCGGAACAAACGCGAGGUGUGGAGAGUCAAAUUUACCCUGGCCAAGAUCCGCAAGGCCGCCCGCGAGCUGCUGACGCUGGACGAGAAGGACCCGCGGCGUCUGUUCGAAGGCAAUGCCUUGCUCCGGCGCCUUGUGCGCAUCGGGGUGCUGGAUGAGGGCAAGAUGAAGCUGGAUUACAUCCUGGGCCUGAAGAUCGAGGAUUUCUUGGAGAGGCGCCUGCAGACCCAGGUCUUCAAGCUGGGCCUGGCCAAGUCCAUCCACCAUGCCCGGGUGCUGAUUCGCCAGCGCCACAUCAGGGUGCGCAAGCAGGUGGUGAACAUCCCGUCCUUCAUCGUACGCCUGGACUCACAGAAGCACAUCGACUUCUCGCUGCGCUCUCCGUACGGAGGUGGCCGUCCAGGCCGUGUGAAGAGGAAGAACGCCAAGAAGGGCCAGGGCGGGGCUGGAGCUGGUGAUGAUGAAGAGGAGGAUUAAGCCCACCCCUGUUCUCCUGGCUCCUGGGUUCUGGGUUUCCAGUCAGAAUAAACCAGGGUCAGCAUUUUC